AUAUAUAUGUAGACAGCCGCUAGUUACCUAACAGCCUCGACCGAAACCAAAACGAGAGAACCUCACUCGACCAAGGGUUCUCUUUUUUUGUUUUAGCGAAAUAGGCACUUAUUUAGCGCGGAUACCGACAGUCUGUUAUAGGCCAUUUCAGCUGUACGAAGAAGAAAAAAAAAAAGUUUAUUGAAAGAGAGCGUAACGGCUGGUGUUUGAACUCCGCGCAUACGUAGUUUUAGCACGUUAGCUAGCCCGCUAACUGCGCUAGCCGAAGAAGAAAGGCCGUCGAGUUGACUCAGCGUCCGCAUUUCCACGGAACGACUCGCCCUGGCAGAGCACAGCUGGCCUUCAGUAGCUGGACCGCGCAACAUUCGCCCUAAACACGUCAACACCGAGCGAGGAUGGCCCUGAAAAGGAUUCACAAGGAACUUAACGACCUGGCUCGUGACCCUCCAGCACAGUGCUCAGCUGGCCCUGUGGGAGAUGACAUGUUUCACUGGCAAGCCACAAUCAUGGGACCUAGCGACAGUCCAUAUCAAGGGGGGGUUUUCUUCUUGACAAUCCAUUUUCCAACAGACUACCCCUUCAAACCCCCAAAGGUUGCAUUCACAACAAGAAUUUACCACCCAAAUAUUAACAGUAACGGCAGUAUCUGUCUGGAUAUUCUCAGAUCACAGUGGUCUCCUGCACUUACUAUUUCUAAAGUUCUUCUCUCCAUUUGCUCACUCCUAUGUGACCCAAACCCUGACGACCCCCUAGUGCCAGAGAUUGCACGAAUCUACAAAACAGAUAGUCAGAAGUACAAUAAACUAGCUCAGGAGUGGACAACAAAAUAUGCCAUGCUUUAGGAUACAUCAAAAUGGCAAAAGAAUGGACACAGAAGUACGCAAUGUGAUGGCUUCGUUUGAAGAGCAGGUGGAAAUUGUUGCUGGUUCAAACUUAAGAUUACGGGAUUCAGUUUUUCUUUUUCACUGUAUUAUUUUUGGUUAAUCAAUGCAUUUUACCUCCCCUCCCCUCUUUUUCUUUUAUUUUUUUUUUCUUUUAUUUUUGUUUUUCUCCCCCGCCUGCACGCUCAUAAGAAGAUAGUGUUUUCUCUGUAGGUCACAUGCCAGUCUCUGUCAAAUUUUGUAAUUUUGAGUUUAAUAAAGAUCAUAGCUCUUAACACUCACGCGAGUGUGCUCAACAUAUUUGUAAUAAUUUGCAACCUCUAAUGAAGCUGUUCUCCUGAAACUUGCUGAAAUCCAAUCCCAUGAUGCUUCACUACGUCAUGGGGUGGGUUUGUCUUGGAUAGCUGCGUUCCUCCCAUGGAAGCCAGCUGUCCGAGGACAUCUCGCGCUCGCAGUGCCCUGGAGAUUUAAAGUUUCUAAUUGGAAUAAUUCUGCAUUUUAUCAGAUACCAGAAUUUUGAGAGUGAGGAAACUGGGUUGGUACUUCUGUCUCAUGGAUCAAUGUGACACCAGUGAGUUCCUCUGAUCAAUAGUAUAGGAAUCUGUUAUCCGAUAAGUGUAUCUCAUUCCACUAUCAAAGUGUGUACAGAGAAGCAGAGCAGCAUUUAUCAAUGUUAAGGAGACAAAUAUAAGAACUUCAAUGUUGUAUUUUAUGCAUGUUAAUAAAGGUAGGCUAUUAUAUCUGAUGUUUCUGCAAAUUAGGGUGAAUUGUAAGGUUGAACAGUUGGAAAAAAAAUUGGUUCCUCACAAAUGCUUUUCAUUUGUUUUUGUUUUUUUUUUGUUAUUUAGAAGCCAGUAGCUGAGCAGUUAGUUUGUUUUAUGCCCACUCAAACACUGUCUUCUUGUAGCCCUGAAAUAUUGAUGCAAAGCCGAAGGUUGAUCAUCAACUUGUGGCUCUGUUUCUUUUUAGUUUUCCCUUCAAUAAAGUUUCUCCAAACAAUU